UAAGAAUCAAAAACGAAUUCUCCAAACCCAAACAAUCAUGCCACGUGUAAACUUAUGACAAAUGAAAGUAUAUCGUAAUAAUAUACACCAGAGAACAGUUGAUUAAAUCCCUCCCUCCUCUAUCUAUCUCCCGUCGUCACCUCUCCGACUCUGCUUUUAUAAGACGUUUCUCUCUGCUUCACCACCAGAGAGAUACAUCCAAAAAUUCAUAUCUUUCCUUCAUUUUUAUUGGCGUUUUAAGAAAACAAAGCUUCCCCAAUUAGGGUUUUGUAUUAGAAGAAUGGGAUUGUGGAAUGGAAAAGGCACCGGAGGAUUUAUCCUCUACCUUCUCGUGGCUUUCUCCGUCGCCGUCUUCUCUGUUUCUUACGUCGGAGACACAACAAACCCUAUUCAUCAUCAUCUCUCUUCUCUCUCUGCCACCGAAAAAAUUUGGCCGGAUUUGAAGUUUAGCUGGAAACUUGUGUUGGCUACAGUGAUAGCGUUUCUAGGAUCAGCUUGUGGGACUGUUGGUGGUGUUGGAGGUGGUGGGAUUUUUGUUCCUAUGCUCACUCUUAUACUCGGGUUCGAUACAAAAUCCGCAGCUGCAAUAUCAAAAUGUAUGAUAAUGGGAGCAUCAGCAUCAUCAGUUUGGUACAAUGUACGAGUUCGUCAUCCGACAAAAGAAGUACCAAUCUUAGAUUAUGAUCUUGCUCUUCUCUUUCAACCAAUGCUUCUUCUCGGUAUCACUGUUGGUGUUUCUCUCAGUGUUGUGUUCCCUUAUUGGCUCAUUACUGUCCUCAUCAUCAUUCUUUUCGUCGGUACUUCUUCGAGAUCUUUUUUUAAAGGCAUUGAGAUGUGGAAGGAAGAGACAUUGUUAAAGAACGAAAUGGCGCAGCAACGAGCUAAUAUGGUUAAUUCCCGGGGAGAACUUUUAAUCGAUACAGAGUAUGAGCCGCUUUACCCGAGAGAAGAAAAAUCAGAGCUGGAAAUAAUACGCUCCAACCUCAAAUGGAAAGGGCUUCUAAUUCUAGUAACUGUGUGGUUGACUUUCUUGCUCAUUCAAAUUGUCAAGAACGAAAUAAAGGUCUGCAGCACAAUAUAUUGGAUACUAUUCAUCGUACAGUUCCCAGUUGCUUUAGCGGUGUUUGGGUUUGAAGCAAGCAAAUUGUAUACAGCGAACAAAAAGAGGUUAAACAGUGGCAACACUGAAUGUAUCUGUGAAGCUACGAUUGAGUGGACUCCUCUGAGUCUAAUCUUCUGUGGUCUCUGUGGUCUCAUUGGAGGUAUCGUAGGUGGUCUCCUUGGAUCCGGUGGUGGAUUUGUUCUCGGGCCUUUGCUUCUUGAGAUUGGAGUCAUCCCACAGGUUGCUAGCGCAACAGCUACCUUUGUGAUGAUGUUUUCUUCGUCCUUAUCCGUAGUCGAGUUCUAUCUCCUCAAGAGAUUCCCAAUACCAUACGCAAUGUACUUGAUUUCGGUAUCGAUUCUUGCCGGUUUUUGGGGACAAUCCUUUAUAAGAAAGCUCGUGGCGAUCCUGAGAAGAGCUUCCAUAAUCGUUUUCGUUCUCUCAGGAGUCAUUUGUGCAAGUGCUCUCACAAUGGGAGUGAUUGGGAUAGAGAAGAGCAUAAAGAUGAUACAUAACCAUGAAUUCAUGGGAUUCUUAGGAUUCUGCAGCAGUCAAUGAAUCAACCAUCUAUCUGAACAAAAAUUUCAAGUGUUUUGUUUUCAUUUACUGGACAAUUUCGGUUGUCCAACACCAUUAUUGUGAGAAGUUAUAAAAUUAGAUUGUUUUACUUGCAGUCCAAGUCAUUUGUGCUCUGUUCUUGGUCAAUACAUAGUUGACCAUCUUCAGAAAUAGAGUUUGUCUAAAUUGUUGUCAUUGUGUUUUGCUUGUAUUCAAACGUUGUAUUAUUAUUUGCGAGACGAUAGAUAAAAUAAAAAUGGAAGUCUUUUUCUAUUC